AUGGCCGGUGAGCGAGAGCCUCAACACGAGGCAUCUUCGCCGGAUGUCGAAGAACAUAUGAGCAUCGGGCGUUACAUCGCGACCCGCAUUCCUACCCUCGUGCCUCCAAUGAAUCCCGCGCCAAACCCGUUCAAAGCUUUGACGUUGCUCAAUCGAACCCAGUGGCUCAAUUUCACCGUGGCGUUCUUGGGAUGGUCUUGGGACUCUUUCGACUUUUUUACAGUGUCUUUGACAACAUCUCAGCUUGCCAAAACAUUCGAUAAAUCCGUUACCGAUAUUACCUGGGGGAUUACAUUGGUGCUUAUGCUUCGAUCCGUCGGUGCGAUCACCUUUGGAAUUGCCUCCGAUCGAUGGGGCCGAAAAUGGCCAUUCAUUGUCAACCAGCUUCUUUUCGUUGUUUUGGAGCUCGGCGCUGGUUUCUGUCAAACCUAUAAACAGUUCUUGGCCUGUCGCGCUUUGUUUGGAAUCGCCAUGGGUGGCCUGUAUGGUAAUGCGGCAGCCACGGCGCUAGAGGACUGUCCCCCAGCGGCCAGAGGUAUUGUCUCGGGACUAUUGCAACAGGGUUACGCCUUUGGAUAUUUACUCGCCACGGCUUUUGCCCGUGGGCUUGUCGAUACCACCUCACAUGGCUGGCGGCCCUUGUACUGGUUUGCGGCUGGUCCACCGGUGCUGAUCAUCAUCUUCCGGUUGUUCCUAGGUGAGACCGAGACUUUCCGUCGGCGCCAGGAAGCACGCCAAGAGAUGCGUGGAGGUGUCGCGGCAUCGUUUAUUUCAGAGGGCAAAGUUGCACUGCAGCGUCAUUGGCUUAUGCUUAUCUAUUUGGUCCUUUUGAUGGCCGGGUUCAAUUUCAUGUCGCAUGGAUCCCAAGAUCUUUAUCCAACAAUGUUGGAGAACCAAUUCAACUUCUCGAAAAAUGCAGUCACCGUAACACAAGUUGUCGCCAAUCUGGGUGCUUUGUCAGGUGGCACCUUGUGCGGCUGGGCAAGUCAGAUCUUCGGCCGCCGCUUCUCCAUCAUCGUAAUCAGCAUCGUCGGCGGCGCCCUGCUUUACCCCUACACAUUCGUCCAAAACAAAAAUGUGAUCGCUGCCGCCUACUUUGAGCAGUUCAUGGUGCAGGGUGCGUGGGGUGUAAUCCCCAUCCACCUUAUGGAGCUAUCUCCAGGUCCCAUCCGCACCUUUGCUGUCGGAACAGCCUACCAGCUCGGCAAUCUAGUAUCUUCUGCUAGCUCGACCAUUGAAUCUACUAUUGGCGAACGCUUCCCACUGCCCCCAACUAAAGAAUCUGCCCACCGCUACGAGUACGGCAAGGUCAUAUGUAUCUUCAUGGGCUGUGUGUUCGCUUAUGUUAUUCUGAUUACACUUGCCGGGCCGGAGCGGCUGGGCCGUAACUUCGAUGCUGAGCAUGAUGCCGACCUUCAGGAGGUGGCAGCUCACCGUGGUAUGGACCAGAAGGUUGGAUAUGGGGAUGACGCAGAGAAGGGUCGGGCUUCGCACGUCUCAUAG